CUCUCCAAACAGAUGAUGUAACGCAUGCGCCCCAGUCGUAUCGAUUUUUCAUAAAAGUUGUUUGUUGAAUCAUUCCCAAUAGCAUCAGUCACUCCUGUCUCUCAUUGGUACCUACUGGUGCUGACUGCCGUUGUCGUCGUCGCUCUGGCCAGGAACGAAAAUUUUAGGGUUUUCAGUUUUGGGCUGGAUCGGGAUAUAGGAUUUGGAUAGAGUCUGGUUUGAUCUGUUUGGGAAAAUUCCGCUGAAGAAUAAUUUCCAUAGUCGUUCACGGGCGCAGUCAAAUCUAUUUCGAAACCCGUUCCUAAUUCCUAGAAUCGAAAGAUGUAAUCAUCUAGUUUCGUCUGUAAAACCCAUAAAAAAACAAGAUAGCUUCGCGAGUGCAUUAUUGAUGAGUGGAAAACUGUUUCCUCCCAUUCGGUGUACUUCCUGUGUGAAGAAGUUUUGUUUCCCCAAUCGGCUGUUCGCCGGAACAAAGAAGUGAAAAGAAGUGUUCUCCGUCAACAACAGUCCUGCCCGUGGGCGAACUGCCAAGCUUCGAGCAUAGUGAAGGAAGAAAAUUGGCAAACAGUCAAUCGAUUUUGUAAAAAAGCCUUUUGCUGAUAAAGCACGACAUCCAUCAGUGGGAUAUCAAGCAAAUAAGUACACAGUGGAAUUGGCGAAUGGUGAUUCAAUUAUUCAAGCUGUCGGAAUUGUGUGCUUCUGUGUAGAGUGGUACUAAUCUCCCGAAAACGGAAGGAUUCAGGAAGCUGUAAAGCCAAAUAGUUUGAACAGACGCGGCGACACGGCAACCAAAUCUGCCAACAUAGAGUUGAAAUAACACUCCGAAUUCGGCAGAGCAAGAAGGAUACAGGAUGGCUCUGGAUUUCGCAGCGACAUACAAGGUGCUAGUGCUAGGGGACUCCAACGUGGGAAAAACGUGCAUCGUUCAUCGGUACUGCGAUGAAAGAUAUUACGACACGUACAUUUCAACAAUAGGAAUCGACUUCAAACAGAAGCUCAUCAACCUAGACGGAGUGCCAAUCAAGCUGCAAAUUUGGGAUACCGCAGGCCAGGAGCGGUUCCGCACGUUGACCACUGCCUACUACCGGGGAGCGAUGGGCAUCCUGCUGAUGUACGACGUUACCAGUUUGGAGUCUUUCAACAACCUUUCCUACUGGUUGCGCAAUAUUCAGGAGAACGCAUCACCGGACGUGGUGAAGGUGCUGGCGGGUAACAAGUGCGAAUGCAACCCACCGCAGCGGGCCGUGGAUAAGGAUCGAGGAGAUAAGAUCGCCGAAAACUUCGACAUGCCUUUCUUCGAGGUAUCCUGUAAACAGAACAUCAACAUUGAGGAGGCGUUCCUAACACUGGCCCGCAAAAUCCGCGAACAACGAGAACACAGAGGCGAAAACUUCGACGACGGCGAACGCCAGAAAGGGCUCCAGGACAUGAUGAAAAAUGGGCCCGGUUCCAAUGGGCUCGGUCCGUUUACGUUGGGCAGCGGCGGUGAAGGUGGUCGAUGUUCCUGCUAAAGCCCUACGUGCAAACUGAUCCUACUUAGGAUAAAUGCUGAUUGUUGUAGCCGGUGGAGCGGCAGCGGGUGCGACUAUGCCGCGAUAAAAAAGACUCGAAUUUUACCAAGAUUGAAGAUAGCUUUUGUUUAUAAUGUAACUAUGCUGGUGGAGGCUAAUCCCACUACACCUUAAAUCGACUUUCAAGGUUAUGUUUUACUCAGAUUCUGGUCUGGAAGGAAGGUAGUGAUGAAGUUAGUGUGCACAAAUUUACAGAUCUGGAACAGGUAUUUUUUAUAACGAUGGAGGGAUUGUAAAAGGGAUGAUAAAAGUAGGGGAAGAUAAACUGGGGGAAUGAAGUAUUACGUAAACGAUACUCAUAUCACUUUAAGUAGCAUGAAAUACAACCCGUAGUGGGAUAUACAGAAUAAUCCAGUUUUAUACGUUUAGUAUAUUAUUUUGAACUAGAUGUAUUUGUUGUGUUCAAACCAUAAAAAUAGCAUCAUGUACCGGAGCAGGAUCUCGAUGUUCGUUUUUAACACAAUGUCAUCAUACUAUUUAAGUUGCACUAUAAACGUUUUCCAUAAACAGCUAACCUAUCUUUACCACAGCGCGAGACAACAUCUUGACUACAGGAAAAUGUUCGAACUGUUAACCGUCUUUCAGAGCAACCAUUUCUAUUUG